CUUCCUUGGCAGGAAAUGGCAGAAAGAGCGGAAAGUAUCCAUAGACUAAAUGCAGUAAACAGUGAAGUAGCAUUGAAAAGAGUGAAGGAAUUCAUAAGAUUUCUAGAGAGGAAGAUCAAGUACUUCGAUGAACCACCACCAGACUCUGUAAGAAAGCGAUUGUUGGAGGCUCGAUUUAUUCCCGUUCUAAGGAAACCAAGGAACUUUCCUCUCAAAUGGAAAAGCGAGGAGUACGAAAAUGAUGCGUUACUCGCCCCAAAAGAUGUCUUCGCGGAAGACGAAAAAUAUCUUUUGUGCUGCGCGGAAUCCCUGAUCGGGGUGUUUGUCUCUCGAGAUGUCAAAGCGUUGCUGAAGCUUAACAAAAAGCACGCGACGUUAGACCAUAUAGCAUGGCAAUUGAAACAGGCAUUGUCUUCCAACGUUGCGUCCUUCGAUUUAAAUGCCAUGGAAGAGAUAAAAACAGUAAUCAAAUCAGUGUACUCAUACCUACAGAAUGCCAUUUCAAGGAAUGGUGCAGCCGUUAAGAAACUAUUGAAAGACAAGAAGUUUAUCCUUUGCGGAAGAAAGUUCCUCUAUGCUGGCCAGUUAGCUUUUCAAGUCAGAGAUGACUGUUCACCUUAUCUAUACCAGCUUCCAAAACAAUUAGCAGAUGACUUCCCUAAGCUAAUGAGAUUUGCCGGUGUCAGGGAACGUUUUGAAGAGAAAGACUUUGUUUCAAGUCUACAUCAGAUGAGAGGGCAAUUUUCUGAGAACGAGUUAGACGAAGAAAACCUCAGAGUUGCAGUGCGUCUAGCAAAUCAACUGGGAGAAACAUUCGGAUCAAAUGCGGGUAAUCCUGCUCUGCUGGAAGAAAAAUGGGGAACCGUUUACCUUCCUGACUCAAGGGCAGUGAUGACAGCAGUAUCCGAGCUUUGUUUCAAGGACUGCCCCUGGAUGCCUGACGAAGAAGGAGUGCACUUUGUUCAUGCCAAAAUUCCCUGGUCAAGUUGUGACUUACUUGGUGUUAAAACUCGUCGAGAAGAAGCCCUGCAAAAACACAUGGUCAGAAUUUCCUUCGGACAGAAAGAGAAACUUACAACUCGCCUGAAACGCAUUCUUCAGUGUUACCCCUGCGAAAAGGAAAUUUUAAAAGAACUUCUUCAAAAUGCAGACGACGCACAAGCAACCGAGAUUUGUUUCAUAAAGGACCCAAGGCACCAUCCAGAUGUGAAAGUGUUCGAAGAUUGUUGGAAACCUCUGCAGGGGCCCGCCUUGUGUGUGUAU